UCCAAUCCUGAACACUGUCUCUGUCAGCAAGGUAAAGCUGCAAAGUGAUCAAACUCAACAUCCAGGCUGCCUGCUACACUGCAACCUGCAUUCACUGUUCAAGCAUCCAGGAGACUCCAGAGACAAUCACUCGUGCUGCACUCUAUGAAUAAGAAGGAUGGUAGAUUUAGACAGUGAGGUCCCUCCACUACCACCUAGGUACAGGUUUCGGGAUUUGCUUCUUGGGGACCAAGCUUGGCAAAAUGAUGACAGAGUACAAGUAGAAUUUUAUGUAAAUGAAAACACCUUUAAAGAGAGACUGAAACUCUUCUUCAUUAAAAACCAAAGAUCAAGUCUCAGAAUACGGCUUUUCAAUUUCUCACUCAAACUACUAAGUUGUAUGUUGUAUAUAGUUCGUGUCCUUCUGGAUGACCCAUCACAAGUCAAAGGAUCAUGGUCUCAUAUCAUAUGGGUAAACAGAAGUUUGCCUCUUUGGGGGCUGCAGGUGACAGUGGCAAUUAUCAGUCUUUUUGAAACAAUCUUGCUAAGUUACCUCAGUUACAAGGGAAAUAUUUGGGAACAAAUAUUGAGGAUACCUUUCAUACUGGAAAUGAUUAAUACUGUUCCAUUUAUUAUUACAAUAUUCUGGCCUCCAUUAAGAAAUUUGUUUGUUCCCGUUUUUCUAAACUGCUGGCUGGCUAAACAUGCUUUGGAAAAUAUGAUUAAUGAUCUCCACAGAGCAAUACAACGAACACAGUCUGCAAUGUUUAAUCAAGUUCUAAUUUUGAUAUCUACAUUAUUAUGUCUUAUCUUUACUUGCAUCUGUGGGAUUCAGCAUUUAGAAAGAGCUGGAAAUAACCUGACACUUUUUGAUUCUCUCUACUUCUGUAUUGUCACUUUUUCUACUGUUGGUUUUGGGGAUGUGACACCAAAAAUCUGGCCGUCCAAACUCUUGGUGGUCAUAAUGAUCUGCGUGGCAUUAGUAGUUCUUCCAAUCCAGUUCGAGCAGUUGGCCUAUCUAUGGAUGGAAAGGCAAAAGUCUGGAGGAAACUACAGUCGUCACCGAGCACAGACAGAAAAACAUGUAGUUUUAUGUGUCAGCUCUUUGAAGAUUGAUUUACUCAUGGAUUUCUUGAAUGAAUUUUAUGCACAUCCAAGGCUUCAGGAUUAUUAUGUGGUGAUUCUGUGUCCCACGGAGAUGGAUGUUCAAGUUAGACGUGUUCUUCAAAUUCCUAUGUGGUCUCAAAGGGUCAUCUAUUUACAAGGCUCAGCCCUUAAGGAUCAAGACCUAUUAAGAGCAAAAAUGGAUGACGCAGAGGCCUGUUUUAUCUUGAGCAGUAGAUGUGAAGUAGAUCGAACAGCAGCUGACCAUCAGACAAUAUUAAGAGCCUGGGCAGUGAAAGACUUUGCUCCAAAUUGCCCUCUGUAUGUUCAGAUAUUGAAACCUGAAAACAAAUUCCAUGUCAAAUUUGCAGAUCAUGUUGUGUGUGAAGAAGAAUUUAAAUAUGCAAUGCUUGCUCUGAACUGCAUCUGUCCAGCGACCUCCACAUUAAUCACUUUGUUAGUACAUACCUCAAGAGGACAAGAAGGACAGCAGUCCCCUGAACAAUGGCAGAAAAUGUAUGGCAGAUGUUCUGGCAAUGAGGUCUACCAUAUAAAGAUGGAGGAAAGCAUAUUCUUUGCUGAAUUUGAAGGAAAAAGCUUCACCUAUGCUUCAUUCCAUGCACAUAAAAAAUUUGGUGUCUGCCUAACUGGUGUAAGAAGAGAAGAUAACAAAAACAUCUUGCUGAACCCAGGCCCACGAUACAUCAUGAGCUCUACUGAUACCUGCUUUUAUAUACAUGUGACCAAAGAAGAGAACUCUGCUUUUAAACAUCAUGAACAGAUUGAAAAAUUCCGCAAAUUCAAAUCAUCCUAUCAUGGACCAUCCAGACUACCUGUCCACAGUAUAAUUGCUAGCAUGGGAACAGUGGCAAUAGAUCUCCAAGAGACAAGCUGUCGUUCCAACAGUGGGCCAACUCUAACUCUACCUUCGGAAGUCAGUAAAGAAGGAAGGAGACCAAGCAUUGCACCGGUGCUAGAACUUGCUGACAAUGCAUCUAUACAGCCAUGUGAUCUUCUGAGUGACCAAUCAGAAGAUGAAACCAACCCAUCUGAUGAUGAAAGUUCUGACAGCAAGGAAUAUGCUAAAGGCUACCCUCCAAAUUCACCAUAUAUAGGAAGCUCACCUACAUUUUGUCACCUAUUGCAAGAAAAAGUCCCAUUUUGCUGUCUACGAUUAGACAAGGGUUGUCAACAUAACUAUUAUGAAGACGCAAAAGCUUAUGAUUUUAAGAAUAAAAUCAUCAUUGUUGCAGCUGAGACAGCAGGAAAUGGUCUUUACAACUUCAUUGUUCCACUUAGAGCUUAUUACAGACCAAAGAAGGAGCUUAACCCAAUUAUAUUACUUCUGGAUAAUCCGCCAGAUAUGCAUUUUCUGGAUGCAAUUUGUUGGUUCCCAAUGGUCUACUACAUGGUUGGCUGUAUUGACAACCUAGAUGACUUGCUGAAAUGUGGAGUAACGUUUGCAGCUAACAUGGUGGUUGUAGACAAGGAAAGCACAAUGAGUGCUGAGGAAGACUACAUGGCAGAUGCAAAGACAAUAGUUAAUGUGCAAACACUUUUCAGGUUGUUUUCAAGUCUCAGUAUUAUUACAGAGUUAACACAUCCAGCAAACAUGAGAUUCAUGCAGUUUAGAGCCAAGGACUGUUACUCUUUAGCUCUUUCUAAACUGGAGAAGAAAGAGCGAGAACGGGGAUCUAAUCUGGCAUUCAUGUUUCGCCUUCCUUUUGCUGCUGGAAGGGUAUUCAGCAUCAGCAUGUUAGACACACUGUUAUACCAGUCAUUUGUGAAAGAUUAUAUGAUCUCGAUUACAAGACUUCUGCUAGGACUGGACACCACGCCGGGGUCUGGCUUUCUUUGUUCUAUGAAAAUUACUGAUGAUGAUCUAUGGAUCAGAACAUAUGGAAGACUGUAUCAGAAACUUUGCUCAUCAACAGGUGACAUUCCAAUAGGGAUCUACAGAACAGAGUGCCACAAACUUACCACAUCUGAGUCUCGAGAAAUGGCAUCUCAAUCACAGAUAUCUAUCAGCGUGGAAGAGUGGGAAGACACAAAAGAAACCAAAGAGACCUCAGCAAACCGCAACAACCAUCGAAAUUCCACAUCCAGCGACCAGUCAGAUCACCCCUUACUGAGAAGAAAAAGCAUGCAGUGGGCAAGAAGGUUAAGCAGAAAAGUUCCCAGACAUUCUAACAAAACAGCAGAAAGGAUAAGUCAGCAAAGGAUGACAUUAUGCAGACGGUCAGAGAGACAAGAACUUGCAGAACUGGUUAAGAAUAGAAUGAAGCAUUUGGGCCUUUCUACAGCAGAUUAUGAUGAAAUGAAUGACCAGCAGAACACCCUCUCCUAUAUCCUCAUCAAUCCUUCUCCAGACACCAGGCUGGAACUGAAUGAUGUCGUAUACCUGAUUAGACCAGAUCCACUGUCAUAUGUUCCAGCUAAUGCAUCAAGCCGGAAAAGCAGCUUUUGCAACACAACCGGCCAAGAAUCAAGGGAUGAGACGCAGCUUUGAUAUUCCAUCAGAUUCUGUGAUUAAAGAACUGAUUUGUAACUGUAACAUCAUUCAGCCACGAAAAAAAUACAUUUAUUUCUAGGAGUUAUAAGUCUAGACCUAAUAUUUACUAUAUACAGUAGAUUGAACUAAAUAUCAGUUAUUGUUAAUGUCUGUAAGUUGUUGCAUCAGUGUUGUUUCUAUACUACUGUCACUUUCCACAUAAGUGUAACAUGUUGGUAAAGGUCUAGCACUUCAGUUUGAACAUUUAGAAUGAAAUUGACUUUUUAGAUAUAUACUGAAGAUGUCUUGUUAAAAAAAAACCUGAAUGUAUUAUCAGUGUCUUUUUGCUUCCUAAUGUGAAAGUGUUUUGUGUUUCAGUCUUGAGAUUUGAAUGUUAUUUUUUGACAGCUGUUGGUUGGAAAACAGCUCACACAGUACUGUACAUCUUUUGGAUAGCCUUUUCUACACAUUAUAGGCUGGCAAUUGCAUUCUUGGCAAUUUACUGAUAAUCAUUUGAGGGAAAACAUUGCUAACUAAACAUAUUUUAUGUUAUGAUGUUAUAUUUUGUUUAUUAAGUUACCCCUACUUAAGCAUACAGUAAUCAAGAUUUAUAGGGAAAGUCACAAUUUUUGAAGACUUAUACUGUACUGUAGCUGAUUUUUUAUUUCCUGCUAAUGUCCCUGAUUUGUAUCAAGUACUAGUUCCCUUGGUUUGUUUCUAGAUCUAGCCUUUUGUGUCUGUUCUUAUACUGUAUGCUACUGAAAUUACAAUUUAUUAAAGGCAAGUACUGAAUGUCUGCAUACAGUAGAGUGUUCUGUAUGAUAAACAUCCUAGUGACAUUUGGUGGACCCUUUCAUUCUAAGUAAAGCAUUCGUUACCUCUAAUACCAAUAAAUAAAGACACAGAGACUUGAAUUUGGCAGAAAAAUUGCUAGCUAUUUAUUUGACCCUAACCAUAGCAAACCUGUAAAUGAAAACUUUGUUAAAAUGCCGAUUCAGCCGGCAUAUGGUGGCAGAAAAAAGAAC